AUGGCGGCCCGGUCAACCACAAUAGAGGCAUUGCCCAAUGAGAUUCUCAUCACCAUUCUUUCCUGGUUCCCUACGCGCAAUCUGCUUCCAAUGACGUUGACCUCCCAUCGCUUCUACGAUAUUAUUAUUCGAAUCUUUCAGGCUCGACUUCUGAACGCAGCCUCUCUCAAAGACCACAAGCUCAUCCUCGAAUGCUUCCACCCUUCAACCAAACUCUCUAGUCCAUACCUAUUCUGCGAUUACCUUGGAACUGGAAGCUGUGAUGCGCCCGAAGAUGAAGCCAGCAUUUUUCAGAACCUACAAGGGACUGAUAGACUUGGGCAGCUCAAAGGGCUAUACUCCCACUUCCGCCCAUUAUUACCAGAUGAAGAUCGUAAAGCCCGCAGAUCACUCGCCACUGGUGGGUGGGCUUAUAGCCCAUUCAACGCUCUAGUGCAGAAGGAAACAGAAUAUGUGUGCCAGAAUCUUCACCUCGAAUCGCACGAACUCUUCUCUCAACUCUGCACCAUCACGAACCUUGUCAAAGUUGGUCCGAAACGUGGGCUCUUCUUAAGUUGUGUUAAUAUCGGAGAUAGUGUUACACGGAUUUGGAGGGAUUGGCUUGCCGAGCGAUGUGCCUCCUUAGCUAAACGAAACAGACUUGGAUCCGGACCAAAUACCAAGAAAGGAGAGGACGAGGAGUUCAAGAAACGUUUAUUGUGGGCGGAUGCGGAAGAGCACGUGGGGUUGCGUAUUAGAGUUAUUGAGGACGAGAGCGUCCCGGCUCCAGUGUUGGUUAGCCUGGACGAGGAUGCUCCCGUUUCUUAUACGCUUCAGUAUGAAGAACUCAUAAUACGGACAACCCAGCUACUUCUGAUGGUUGAGCAAUCGAUCGAUCAAGAAGUCAGCCAUUCGGGUAAAGCCAUUGUGAUUGGGUCCUGGGACCGCUGA